AGCUACAUUUUCUUUUUCUUCUUAAAGGUCAUCACAGUGGGGGUCAGUCUUGCACUAACCUCUAUCCAGGACCAAUGUGAAAUUCUCCAGAGUGGCUCAAACAUCACAGGUCUGGCCUGUAAUGUAUCUAUUGAUAUGAUUGGGACGUGUUGGCCUCGUACACCAGCUGGGCAACUGGUGGCAAGACCAUGUCCUGAAUACUUCCAGGGUGUACAGUACAACACAACAGGUAACGUCUACAGGGAAUGUCACCUUAAUGGCAGCUGGGCAGGAAGAGGAGAUUAUACACAGUGCCAGGAAAUACUAAAAGAGGAGAAAAAGAGCAAGGUGCACUACCACAUUGCCAUCGUUAUUAACUUCCUGGGACACUCCGUCUCCUUGUGUGCGCUGCUGGUGGCUUUUACUCUCUUCUUGAGAUUGAGGAGCAUUCGAUGCUUGCGCAACAUAAUUCACUGGAACCUCAUCACGGCCUUUAUUCUUCGUAACAUCACCUGGUUUGUGAUGCAGCUUACAUUGAGCCAUGAAGCCCAUGACAGCAAUGUGGUCUGGUGUCGCCUGGUCACUAUAGCUCACAAUUAUUUUUAUGUCACCAAUUUCUUCUGGAUGUUUGGUGAAGGAUGCUAUCUGCACACAGCCAUCGUUUUGACAUACUCCACUGACAAGCUACGCAAGUGGAUGUUCAUCUGUAUUGGCUGGUGUAUUCCAUUACCCAUCAUCGUGGCCUGGGCCAUCAGCAAGCUAUACUAUGACAACGAAAAAUGCUGGUUUGGGAAGAAGGCCGGAGUGUACACAGAUUUUAUAUACCAAGGUCCUGUCAUCCUGGUACUGCUGAUAAACUUUAUAUUUUUAUUUAACAUUGUGAGGAUUCUGAUGACCAAGCUCCGAGCCUCCACUACUUCAGAGACUAUCCAGUACAGGAAAGCAGUAAAGGCAACUCUGGUUCUGCUGCCUCUUCUGGGAAUUACCUACAUGCUUUUCUUUGUCACUCCAGGAGAAGAUGAAAUCUCGCGAAUCGUCUUCAUCUAUUUCAAUUCAUUCUUGCAGUCCUUCCAGGGAUUUUUUGUUUCGGUCUUCUACUGCUUCUUAAACAGUGAGGUGCGCUCUGCAGUUAGAAAGCGUUGGCAUCGCUGGCAGGACAAGCACUCCAUCCGAGCUCGAGUUGCCCGUGCAAUGUCCAUUCCCACAUCACCGACGAGGGUUAGUUUCCACAGCAUUAAGCAAUCCUCUGCUAUCUGACCCAUCACUUGCUGAAUGCCUGCUCUAGAGCUUUCCAACCCUGUAACAAGUGGUUGCAGAGGCUCAAAUUGAGUAUGGUCACUAAACUGAACAGAAAUCAAGAGACCACAUUCCUUGUGUCCAACUAGUUGUAUUUUGACAAUCAAAAAAGAAGAUGGAAAGGAGCAACUGAACUUUCCGCCUUAGUGCAAUAUUGGAGACUGCUAGAUUUGAACUGCUAGGGGGACUAUUACAGAGACAGAAAACAACUCAAGCAGAGAAACCAAUAGAUAGAACACAGCACAAUCCAUAAACUUGUACUGAUAUAUCACCAGCCACAACCAAACAAUUGCUGAGAAUGUGCAUCUAGGCUACCUAGCCAAUCCUCUGUGCCUCAACUUGUAAAACGACCGGCGCCAGGCUUAUCCAUCGGUGAUAAGAAAGUUGCCUAAUGCUUUGUGAACCAUCCUAUAUACUAAUUUUCUACGCAGACUGAGUAUGAGCACAAAUGACAGUGCUGAUUAAGGUGGCUCUUAAGUUCAGAUCACACGUACCCUAGCAGCGAAUAAAGUGCCAUGUGAUUGUAUAUCAAGGGGACCAAAUGAAUCAAAGAAAUUUAUGAAGUGGCCUUCUAGUUGAGUUGGUUAGAGACAACAUUGUGGAAGAUGUUUUACUUGACUCAGGGGUAAAGAGGACAAGAUCUAUUAAUCAAGUGGCACUGGUCUUACUCGCUUUGUUGCCUGGCUUUGUAUAAAGACUGAGCUAGGGAUAGCCUGGAGAAAACAAUGUGUGUUUAAAUCCGUCAAAUCAGUAUGCUGAGUUAUAACAAUUCUUUAUCAACUGCGAAUUUGUACAAAGAGAUUCUAUGCGUGAAUGUUCUAACGUUGGACCUUAAUAAUACCUGACUGGGUCAG